AUGCGCCCGUUCUCCCCUCCGCUAUAUUUAUCCCCUCCGAGGCCCAUCGCGCUCGCCGCACUAUUUCUCCGCCCCACAACACCUCAGCAACGCGCACACUCCGCGCCAGCACCGCCAGAUCUGGAGCAUUCUCGGUGUAUUUCAAGGCCUCUCCCUUCCCCCGCUGUUCUGAUCGCCAUUCCUCCCAAGAUUCAGAUCCACCAACAAUCUCCGGCGAAUCAUUUCGCCCGUCGCCUGCCGCGGCCUGCCUUCUCCUCUUCUACCCUCGCCCACGCCCACGCCCACACGCAACAUGCCGACUCCGGCGAAACUCUGACCCCUUCCCUGCUCUUCCAUCCCCGCGUCUCCUUGCGUCCACCUCCUGCUUCCCCCAAGGCCCAACCCGCUUCUCGAACAGAGAACCCCCCCACCGUGCCCACCCCGUCCUCUCCAGAACACAUCCAGUGA